AUGACCGCUACCGACGAUGAGAGGAAGAUAACCGUACCCAAGUUUUCUUCUUUCAAAUCUGGAGUAACGCCUUCAAGCUCUGUGAAGAAAGAAGAUAUCCUUGAGAGAAAUGAAAGCAAAGCAAAGGCUCGCAACAGUCGGUCAAGCAAGCAUCGGCGUCGGGAUCAUCAACCUCGUCAUCGAGAGGACGAUGCUCACCAAGAUCGCCACCAGAGGGAUCGAUCACGCCAAAGCAGUCGGACGCAGGAGGCUCCGGAUUCUCGCCAAAAAUUCUCAGACGGUUUACCCACAUCCAACGUUUCUACUUCUUCCGUGCCUGGACUGUACGUUCUCGACACCAAGGGUGACCCGCUUGUUCAAAAGUAUGGCUUGGACCGCCACAAAAUCCCCAAGUUCUACCGCUUUGGUCGCGGGAAGGUCUUGGGGACCGACGCUCGAAUGGUGAUACAUCACGAUGGACCGAUGGACACCUUCACUCUUGUAUUCCCUGGCGAUGGACCCUCUGGAUCUCGCGACAAGGAUGGUCUACGGUCCAAGAGUUGGCAGAAACGCCGGUCAGUCAAGAUGCGCGCCAGCAAAAGGGUGCUUGAAGACCCUGGUGAAUAUAUUCCACUAGAGUCCCAAAAGAGGCGCAAAGUGGAUCAAGAAGCCAGUGAUUCUUCGGGCGAAGAUGACAAACCUUCUUGGAAAACCAUUGAUAUCAAACCAAAGCGUGGCCGGUCAGCCGUUCAGAGUGAUGUGGAAGACGACGACUCGGAUGAAGAUAUUUACGAGACAAACGAAGAUAACCCGAUGAAGUGGAAGUCCAUGCAGCUGAACAAACGUGUCAAGGAGGUUCCCUCCGAUAUUGACGCGUGGUUGGAGCUUGUCGACCACCAGGACGACUUGAUAAGAGCGGGCGAGACGAUUGACGAAAGGGCCACAGACAAUGCGGCGCACAGCUUCGGUGAGAUCAAGGUUCACAUGCUCCAGUCGGCUCUCUCCCACACGACACUUGGUCCAGAUCGGCAGCGCGUGUUGGUCCGCUUGAUGGGCGAGGGCGUCAAGAUCUGGGAUCACAAGAUGGCAAGCAAGAAAUGGUCCGAGUGUGCUGAAGAAGAGACGCACUGCUUUUCCUUGUGGAAGACGCAUCUCAACUUCAUCAUGUCCAGCAUCGUCAAGGUCGACUUCGACGGCGUACAGAAUAUGCUCCUGGAUCGCUUGCGUGCAGUGCGUUCGCGGUCGGGACUGCAAGCCUUGGACGAUGUGGAGGAAGCUAUCUAUAUAUUCCUAAGGGCCACUCGCUUCCUUCAUGAUGCCGGUUACAAGGAACGGUCCGUGGCUGCAUGGCAGGCGCUCCUUGAACUGAGCUUGCUGCGACACCCUGACCAGGAGUUGGGCCACGAGAAAGCAAUGCAGUCUUUUGGAGACUUUUGGGAGAGUGAAGUGCCUCGACUUGGAGAUGAAAACUCGCAAGGCUGGAAGCGAUUCGUCGAGAGCGGUGGCAAAGGAGAACCGCUCGAACCGGCAAAGGAUGAGCCGGUGCAGAAUCCCAUGUCACGAGAUGCGUUCAUGGCCUGGGGGGUGGUUGAACGUUCUUGGUCCAGGAAGGCAGGAAUGCCGGCUCGAACACUUGAUGAAGGAAUGGAAGACGAUCCUUUUCGGGUUGUAACGUUUCCUGAUAUUGAGCCCUGGCUCUUCGUUAUCCCCGAUGACAAGCUACCGGAUGCGACGCCGCAAUUGGUCGAUGCUUUCCUGCUUUUCUGCGGGAUGCCAUCUGCUUUCUCCUCUAAAAUUUAUACAGACACGGCAAAUGACGACACGUUCCUGACGGGGGCUAAUACGAGCAUCCAACUGCAGCCGGCUUGGGAAGCUGCCCAAGAUGGCAGCGAGGAAUGGCAGCGAAAAGACCCGGUAUUUAGCAGCGGCAACUGCCGUGCCCUCAUAUCCCCCAACCUACUGUUCAGUGGCACCAGCUGGUUCCAGUAUCUCUCGGUAGUUCACCGCGAGCUUGGGGUUGACAUUGCAUUUCUUCAACGCAUGUUGAAGCAGCUCGUGCUGACGGCCAACAUGGCUACCUUGGGUCUGUAUUACCUUGGAGUUUGCUACGCAAGAGAGCCCACAGCCAUCAAGAAGCCCGCCAAGGCCCUGCUCCAGAAAUUUUCUACCGAUGCCGAACUAUACAGCUCGUACGCACUCGCCGAGCUCGCCAAUGAAAAUACCGAGGUUGCCAAGAGAGUGCUCCUAUCUGCGGCGGAAUCUCCAUCCAUCAGACACGUUCCAACCGCGUCCUUGUUGUUUCAGACGUGGAGUUGGACAGAGUUCUCGAGUGGCAAUCGAGGUGCAGCCGCGAACCGCCUAUGUGCAUGCGUCGAUGACUCGCUCCUGAAACCAAUACUAGACGACGGCGACGUCUCACCGUCCGUCAUCCUCAAGGCUCAACGAGCCUUUUCAUCAAGUGUCGAGCGUUUUCUAUAUGAGGAGAACCUCAACGCGGCCAGCGUCAACAUGCAAUGCCUGGUACUGCUGUCCUAUCUAACCAGCAGAGGAGGUACCGAGCCAUCAUCUGCGUCCCAGGGCAACAUUACAGCGGCCAUGGCCGUGAUUGAAACGAUGACGUCCAAAUUUCCUGCGCUGAGGCAUGAAAGGGGUGCGGCUCUCGAAUCGCUCCUCCAGUUCUCCGCCAUGCUGCUGUACCACCACGCCUUAAAGGGGCCGUUUCGACGAGCGUACCUGCGCGACCAGCUCGCUCGCUUCGUCGACGCGUUUCCCCGAAACACGAUAUUCCUGACUCUGUUUGAGUGGGCCGACACCAGCAUUCGUGUUGUCGACGAGACCCGUCAUCUGCUCUAUGACAAAGUGCUCGUCAAGGCCCGAGACUCGGUGGGAGGUCGGGUGUUUGCCGUCGAGCACGAAUUAACUCGCGGGAACAUCAACAGCACGAAGGCCGCGUUCGAGCACGCCGUCUCGAGCGACGUGUGCCGAUCCAGUGUCGCGCUCUGGAUUGCUUACCUACGAUUCUGCCACUCACAGCAGCAGCUGCGACCCAAGGCAAAGGACGUGUUCUAUAGGGCGUUGCGAUGCUGUCCAUGGUCCAAAGAGGUGAUGAUGGAGGCCUUUGUGACGCUGGUGGACGAAAUGCAGUCGGGUGACUUGCGGUCCGUGUACAGCACCAUGAUAGACAAGGGGGUGCGAAUUCACGUGGACAUGGAAGACUUUGUGUCAAAGUGGCAUGAGGAAAGGCGAGGGGGGGGGCGAGAGGAGAGGCAAGGGGAGAGGCGAAGCAACUCAAUCCGGCAGGCGGGCGGUGGUGUCGACGACUUCCACCAUGCAGUCAAGGCGCCUGGCCAAUGCGUCCUCCAGUACGUGCAGCGCAUCUUCGAGUCACAUGCCGGCCCCGAGAAGGAAUGGACCAAGUCGCAGGCCCAGAGGUUCGUCCACGUUGUUCAGAACAACGAUGACAAGACACCAUCGGCCAUCCGGCUCCUCGACCUGCCCAGCGUCGAUUUCAACCAGUUUCUGCAAUACAUGACCUCUCAAGAUAGCAACGUAGGUAUCCCUUGGAAGAAAAGCGACCUGUCGUGGCCACUCGCGAGCUAUUACAUCAGUUCAAGCCACAACACCUACCUAUCCGGAAACCAGCUUUCCAGUGACAGCACGACGGCCGCUUACACCAAUGUACUUUUGCGAGGGUGCCGCUGUGUCGAGGUCGAUGUAUGGGAUGGAAAUGAUUCCGACUCAGAGAGCUCAGCGAGCAGCGCUGGCGGCGAUGAGACGAAAGAGAUGCCGAAGCCAAAGCGCCAGGGCACCUUCAACCGACUCAGGAAGAAGCUGCCAGGCUCGCUCGUCGCAAAGUUCGACAAGACAAGUUUAGGAAAGAAGACAGAAGAAAAGGACGGAAGGAAGCCCGAGGGCAAGGAGGUGCCCAAGGAUGGCGCCACUGCGGCGAGAUCAGGCACCGAGGAAGCGGCAGAGGAAAGCGAGGAACCCCAAGUCUCCUCCUUGGAGCCCCGGGUUCUGCACGGAUACACGCUCACGAAAGAGGUUCCCUUUCGAGAUGUGUGCAAUGCAAUCCGGGAGAGUGCAUUCACCGUUAGCGACCUACCCCUCAUCAUCAGCCUUGAGGUACACUGCAACCCGCAGCAGCAGGCUGUCAUGGUCGACAUCAUGAAGGAGUCUUGGCGAGGCUUGCUGGUCACCGAUACAGAACCGCAAACAGAAACGCCGCCUACUUCGUUGCCCAGUCCUGACGAUCUGAGAGGGAAGAUUCUCGUCAAGGUCAAGUAUGCACCGCCUGGUGCCGCGGCGCAAGAGACGGAGAGCGGCGAGGAUGACCGAAUGUCAGCCGAACCGGGAAAGACACCAAAGAAACCGUCCAAGAUCAUUCAGGAGCUCAGCCGUUUGGGCGUCUAUGCUCGAGCAGUCACUUUCAAGACCUGGACUCAGCCUGAGGCCGCAUGGCCGACUCACAUCUUUUCCCUGUCGGAGAACAAAUUUCUUGAUCAUCACGCGAAGCACGGAAUGGAACUCUUCAAUCACAAUAAAAGUUACCUCAUGCGGGCCUACCCGUCUGGACUUCGCAUCUCGUCGUCGAACCUCAACCCGCCCGUGUUCUGGGGGGGAGGCUACCGUCCCGAUAUUAAGUCGAAGCCGGCUCAAACUGGAUCCACACAGCGGAAAUCCCUCACGCUCGCCAUCACUUUCCUUGCCGGCCAGUCCAUUCCGCUGCCGGCCGACAGCAGCUCUGCCAAACGCUUCAACCCGUACGUCAAGACGGAGAUCCAUGUCGAUGCUUCGCACCUGUCUCCCCUCAACGACGGCCACGUCCACGAGAGCGAGUACAAGGUUCGCACGCGCGUCCAUCGCGGCUGCGACGUUGACUUUGCCGCAGAGAGGGUGUCCUUCGACGAGAUCAAAGGCCUCGUCGAGGAGCUGACGUUUGUGCGCUUUACCGUGAGGGAUGAUGAGUUUGGCAGGGACGAUCUUGCCGCGUGGGCAUGUAUCAGGCUCGACCGCCUGGGUCAGGGCUACAGGUUCAUUCACUUGAUGGAUUCCAAGGGCACGCUUACCGAGGGCGUGGUGCUGGUCAAAGUUGAGAAAUCGCUCAGGUAG